UCUUGCGUAUUUGUGUUCCUUAUUUCAUUGACUGUCAUUCUGGUGAUUUUUCAACGAGAAGAGUGUCUUAAAAAUGGCGAAAUCCGGUGAGUUUCGAAAAGCAUAUGUCGCACACACUUUUGUGGAAUCGUGCAUGAUUAGCAUGCUUGGCGUUGUGCAGCAGUUUUUUUUUUCGAAACGUCUCGACGUUUUCGGAAAGCUGGAUGUCGAAAGCCAUAGAAUUAAAUCCAAUAGUUACACUUUCCGUCAAUUUUUUUAGCCACCAUACUUAUUUUAAUAAUCUUGUAGUAUUUUAAGUGUAAUCAGCGGUUGAUUUGGUGGGAGAAAAACGUGUCCAGACGAUUUGUUGUUGUUAGAUAUGUCCUUUUCCAUUUUAACUUUGACAUGCUGACCUUUGUGCGCGGAGCGGCACGCUUUGUGCACCAAAAUGACCCCUCGGUUGCCUCAGACAAACCAUCGAGACCCUGUCUUAACCGCUAGCCUAUCCCCUCAAGAUUUGACUUAUUUAUGUCUGCUUCCGCUGGGUCAAAACAUGGAAUUUUUGAGCAUGUUUCUGUCACCUAAAAUAGGCCGGUUUUCGAGUUACCGUUUCGGAUGGGAAAGCUCUGCCGCGGAGGGGAAAAGGGUGCGGUUGCAACGGGGACUCGAGCUGUGUUGAAGCGGCAUGGGCCGGCAAUGGUUUGGUUCUAUUUUGCAAUCUGUUCAUCGCAUGAGGUGAAGACAACUAGGGUUUCACCAUGGACAGCAUGCAGGUUAGUCAAGAGGUUGAAGAAGAACCUGUGAUGGAGGUUGUGGAACACCAAAUAAUACAGGAAGAGGUGGCAGAGGAGAUCCCCCAAGAGAAUCAACUACAGGAGGUGAUGUAUAUGGAACAGGUCCCACAGAGCAGCGGGCAAGAGGUGCAUCAUGUUAUUGAGCAAAUAACAAAUGAACAGGUCUCCCAGCCUAAUCAAAUACAUGAAGUUCAGGACGUUCAGCAGGUGUCGCAACAAUUUGUUCAACACAUCGUGCAGCAGAUGCCGCCUGGUACCGUCCAUCAAGUGGUCAAAAUGCCAGGUCACAUGGUGAGUUCUGGUCAGCCUAUCAACCAAGUACCCGGUCAACAGGUUCACAUUGACACAUAUAAGGUGCAGCAGGUUCAAAUUAACCAGCACACAGUGGAGCAGUUGGUCCGCGUUGACCAUCAGGCUACUAUUGAUGAGAUGGCAAUGAAGACCAUGGGUGUGGAUCGAAAGCCAGCACAGCGCCCCAUUGAACCAUGUAUGGUAUGUGGAGACAAUGCAUCAGGUCGGCAUUAUGGGGCCAUCAGCUGUGAGGGCUGUAAGGGUUUCUUCAAGCGCAGCAUCAGGAAAAGCUUGGGCUACAGUUGCCGCGGCAACAAGGACUGCCCAAUCAACAAACACCAUCGCAACCGGUGCCAGUUUUGCCGGCUUCAGAAAUGCCUGCUCGUUGGAAUGAAAUCGGAAUUAGUGCAGUGUGAACGUACACCUCUCAAAGCUCGCGGAGAGAAGUCGCCCGGCAACUGUGCCGCCUCGACGGAGAAGAUCUACAUCCGCAAGGACAUCAGGAGUCCUCUGACAGCGACACCGACGUUCAUUACAGCUCAAGACAGAAGUCCAACCUACCCAAUGCAGAAGACCAAACUGUUUGAGGAGGGUCUCCUUCUGAAUGUACAGAACCCUGCUGUGGUAUCUCAAGCCUCCACAGACACCACCACAGACCUUAGUACCUUGGCCAGCGUGGUCACGUCACUGGCUAAUAUGAAUAAAGCCGGUGAAGCGGGACAAGCAGGCGAUGCACAGACGAUGGUACCGAAUGGAGAAACAUCAGUGCAGUCGGGCGUCAAUCAGACUCCGAACCAGAUCUCGAAAGCCUUUGAUACUCUUGCCAAAGCUCUAGCGCCAGGAGUGGAAGGGGGCGAUGGUAGCUCUGCUCUUGAAAUCAGUUUGUCGGACCAGGCCAAUGGCGGUAACAACCAAGGCGGCACUGGAGAACAACAAUUCCUCAAGAUUGAUGGGAACAUGUUAAAUGAAUCCCAUAUGCAGUUCAAGUUGACCACACCGUCCCCCAUGCCUCAGUUCCUCAACGUGCACUACAUCUGUGAAUCGGCCUCAAGGCUGCUUUUCCUGUCCAUGCACUGGGCUAGAAAUAUCCAUGCAUUUCAGCUAUUAGGUCCGGAAUCCAACGUAACGAUGGUCCAGAAGUGCUGGAGUGAGCUGUUCACCCUCGGCCUGGCCCAGUGCUCGCAGACGAUGGCGCUCUCAACGAUCCUGACGGCGAUCGUCAACCACCUUCAGACGAGUCUGCAGCAAGGUACCGCAGCCAAUUUGUGUGCUGUGCCCCUUGAGCAAGACAAGCUCUCAGCAGACAGGGUCAAGGCUGUCAUGGAACACAUUUGGAAGCUGCAAGAGUUUGUCUCGGUAACGACCAAGCUACAGAUGGACUCGUCGGAGUUUGCUUACCUCAAGGCUGCAGUCCUCUUCAGUCCAGAUCACCCUGGGCUCACCAACCCUCGGCAAAUUGAGAAAUUCCAGGAAAAAGCGGUGAGUGAGUUGAGGGCGUAUGAGACCAAGACGUACCCCAAUGACCCAGACCGCUUUGGGAAGCUCCUCCUGCGUCUGCCAGCAUUGCGUCUCCUCAACCCAGGAAUCAUGGAGGAGCUGUUCUUCGCUGGUCUCAUCGGCAACGUCCAGAUUGAUAGCAUCAUUCCGUAUAUCUUACGGAUGGAGACGACGGAUUAUAACGCGCAGAUCACGAUAGCCACCAGUGCUGGACAGUAGAAUGCAGAGCGGGUUGAUCAUGAACUACACCAAACAUUGGACAAUUUUACAGCAACUGAGACGUCUUCAAGAUCUAUAAUUCCAAUGAAGGUGGCUUGGGUAGCGGCGAUGGAUCUGAUUUUUAUUUAUUUUCUUUCACUUUUGAGUAAAUACUUCUUGAAAAUACCUCAUCGUGGGAUAACUACUGCUUUUUAUUUUUGACCUCCCCCCCCCAAAAAAAAAAGAUCGAAAUGAAUUCAUCUUUCCUCACAAUUGAGUUUCUUUUCCCAGCAAACAGGUCU